UUGUCAAUUCUAAUGGGCUUUCUUUGUGUGUUACCCUGCGCUUAUACUUCGUCUAGGCUCUGUGCAAACUUGUGAGGCGAAAUUAUGGGAUUUAUGGGCAUUUUUGUAUUUUAUGGGGGGAGGAAAAAGAGUCCCGCGAUCGUCACUGGUGGACAUGUUAUAAGUGUGUGCAGAAAAUAAAGAAUUUAGUUGGAAUGCCAUUUGCUCACGGAAUGGCCUCAGUGUUGGUUUGUGGUUCGAUAAAUCUCUGAGGCUUGUACUCAAGAAGAGUUGCUGAAAUGGUGGCUCAAAGUGCAUAGCCCCAAAUCACACAUACAGGGAGACAAAGGGAAAGAGAGAUUGAGAGCCGGGGAGGACGUUGGCAACAAUAAUAAUAUGCAGGACAAGUGAACCACUAAAUUACUCAACAGGUCCCCAACAUCUUCGCCAGCACUGGCAAAAGAGUGCUUCUCUUCUUUCUCUCUUCCAUCGCAUCUUCUUUCGUGUUCAAUUUCUGCUCUUUUUAAAUAUAACCAACACACUAUAUUUAUACAAAGAGCACCUAAAGAGAAGAGCGCAGACAAGAGAAGCACAGAACCAUAUCUGGUUAGUGAAGGAAAGAGAGGGAGAGAUGCGUUGCGAAAACCAGAAAAGUAUUACGCCUCUAAAACGGAAAUCAAUUCUAAGGUUCAAUGCUCCAAUAAUCUCCCACUUACCGAACCACCAAACAUCAAAUGAAAUUUGUAGAAAUGAACAGAAACCACGUCACAAGCUAGAGCACAUAAGUUGUGCGCACGAGGCAGAUCAUAAAAAUAAUCACCCAGCGAAUUGAGGACUGUACAAUUAUCCAGAACAAAGAGGCGAAUGCCAGAGAUGCUGUGCAGAGAUGCACAGAAACACUUUCAGCGAAGGCUUCACACAUGGGCUUCAAUUAAUCUGGGGCUGUGGAUACUUGUCUCUACAUUUGCACUCUUAAUGCGCGCGAUCGCGGAUAAUCAACUCUGGAGUUGACUGUGAACAUCAUAUAUAGCAUAUGGCACCGCGCGGCCAGUGUGGAAGAUGGCUUUACACAAAUCGACAAACUAAUUUAUGCAAAAACUCAAUCCCAAACAUCUUAAUUGGGUGACGCGGAGAAUUUUAUUAGCAUUUAUAUUUCUUAAUAUACAUUCACCAUUUAUCGUGAAGCGCUCAGGCAAUCAAUAAAAUUCUAAACUUUACGCCCUGCGCACUUUUCUGCCUUCAUUACAAGAUUUCUCGCGAAAUGAUGAUUAUUGCAGAAAAUGCGACUGACAAAUGAUAUAGUGACAUGAAAUUUUAUCAUUAAGACAUCAUUAAUCACAAUUUAAUGCCAAAGUUUCGACUCACAACUCGCACAUGAGAGAAAAGAACAUUAAAGACAAAAUUCCACCAUCGACACUGCAAUUCAGAAACUAAUUGUUUCACCUGAGAUACACAACACGAUGCACACAUAUCACUUUAUUUGCCUUCAUUUUCAAUUUGACUACCAAUCAAAGCCUCUUCUUUCACUUCACCUCUGAAAUCUUCAAGAGUGCACGCAAAAGCUGUGAUCAUCAGAUUGAUGAUCACAGAUGGUCUAUUUCUUGUCUCUUUUCUCUUUCGUAGAUUUACUUUUGCGUUAUCUUGUCGGCCACAGACAAAAACCAUAUUUGUUUUCUCACAUAUUACAAACCACCCUCAAUAAUACGAAAAUAUUACAAUCACUUCCACCUACGAUGAUGGUAUAUCCUGAAGAGCCUUAUUGGGCACUGCCACCAACAUCUGGAAUUUACGACGAUGGAGAAUAUCGUGUGAACGUUGUGGAAGCUCUACAGGAAUUCUGGCAGAUGAAACAAUCGCGUGGAGCUGAACUGAAGAACGGCGCCCUCGUCAUCUACGAAUCUGUACCAUCCAACAGUCAACCCUAUAUUUGCUACGUCACUCUUCCUGGUGGCAGUUGCUUCGGGAGUUUUCAGAAUUGCCCUACAAAGGCCGAAGCGCGACGGAGUUCUGCCAAAAUUGCCCUCAUGAAUUCCGUGUUCAAUGAGCAUCCCUCGCGGCGAAUAAGUGAUGACUUUAUCGAGAAAGCGGUCAACGAGGCGAGAGCCUCCUUCAAAGGCGGCGAUGGUGAGGGUACCGAUGGACCCGACACAGGAAUUGGAGCCUUUCGAUUUAUGCUGGAGGCGAACAAGGGGCGCACCAUGCUUGAGUUCCAGGAGCUGAUGACUGUGUUCCAGCUGCUGCAUUGGAACGGCUCGCUGAAGGCGAUGCGGGAGCGCCAGUGCUCGCGCCAGGAGGUCGUGGCACACUACUCAAACCGCGCCCUGGACGACGACAUGCGCACCCAAAUGGCUCUGGACUGGAUAGCGCGCGAGCAGGAGAAUCCGGGCGUACUGGGUCGGGAAUUGGCUGUGGCCGAGAGAGAGUUAGAGACUGCCCGUUUGGCCGGCCGGGAGCUACGGUUUCCAAAGGAGAAGAAGGACAUCCUGAUGCUUGCUCACACGCAGCUUGGCGGCAGCAGCGUCAUCAGCAGUUGAAGUAGCGCCUCCGUAAGUUUCCCUCUUCGCGGCACUCCGGCAUUAGUUAGUCUUUUGUAACAUAAAUAUCCAAGAUGUUUUGUAUCUUCUAAGUUAUAUCAAUCGUUGAUUGUAAUCAUCAUAAGCUCAAGUUAUAUGUGAUCCAUAGAUUGACAAACUCAACAAAAGUUCGCGCAAAAUACCCAAAAUUUCCGUUGUCUGAACUCUUGUACAGGUUUUAUCUUUUGCAAUAUUAAUCUUCGUUGCCUGAGGGUGAAGAAAUCGCCUUGAAAAUCAACUCAUUAGUGGCUCUUUUUGUGACUAAAAAGCGCCUCAAUCACGACUUUUCGGAUAAUAAAGACGCACGAAGAAAAUAUUCAUAUAGUCAGAUAAUCACAAUUAUCAAUUAUACCGAUUGUUUUGUAUGUGGCAAAGAAGAUGAAGUCUCAGGAGAGGCAAACAUGACAAAAAAGUUGACGAUAGCAUUUAGAAAGGCUCAUGAAAGGCAAUAUAAGCUAAUUUUUUUCUCCGCGGCGCGAAAGAAUUAUUCUUGUGUUAUGAAGAAAAUUGUCGUAAUUUCUAUAAUUCUUAAGGUAUUUUAGCGUCAUCGUACUUACACAUUUCACUGCCUCACUUUAUCCAUUAGUCAACAAACCCUUGUGAAAUUCUCCCCAUCAAUAAACAUACAAACUCAUGCAAAAACGUGAAGAGAAAGCGUAAACAUACAUAAGAUAUUUUUAUUGUAUCAUUAAUGAAUAAUAAAAUGUGAUGACUUUUAAUUUAUGAUUUUUUGAAGUAAUGGAAAAUUUUAUUUUAAUAUAAGAAUACUUUAUGACUAAGCAGAAAAUAAAUUUAGAAAAUAUUUUUAUAUAAUUCCCAUCAUACUUCAAUUUUCUUUCAUUGAUAAUAGCUUAGAGAUAAUAAUAGUAAUCUCACACGUUAUGAUGUUACUGCCAAGAAAUGAUUUCUAUGUAAUGUAUUUCUUGUUCCAUCCACACAUUUUCUCUCUUUACUCUUUGUUUCUUGUGUGAUCUUUUAUAUUUUGAAGACAUUCGCGCAAGGAGGAAUUUUUUUUUUUUAGAAAAGGACAAAUGACAAGCGAAUGAUACAAAAAUUUUUGGCCAAAAAAUGCUUUAAAUAUUAUUUAAAUUUAAUCCAAAAUUAUCUAAUAUUUAGGUAAAAGAUGAGGAAAAUGUUCGAAAAAUGCGAGAAAAUCAUCGAAUUUAUAUGUAGAAAUUUACUUGUUGUGAUUUUUGAUGAAUUUUUUCAACGCCACACUUUGAGUUACUUCUUCCACACUUUUCUGUAUAUGUAUUUAAAUUUCUUAGUGUAAAUGUGCUUUAAAUUUAUGCUUGUUGCAACAUGCUAAAGAUUAAGAGAGUAAAUUUAGCAUUGUUUUCCUAGAUAUCAACUGAUCGAUUGAGAUAGACUGUAAAUAAACACUCUGAAUUCUGUACACACGCAUUCUAUACAUACACUACACACGCAUACAAAAUGCAUACACACACACAUAUAUAAAUAUAUAAUUUUUAAUUGGAUGAUUAUUGCAUUAUGAGAGACAAUUUUUAAAUAAAAAUCAUUUUGAAGUGAGAAAA